AUGACUCAACUCUCCGACUACCGCCUCCUGACAUUCGAUGUCUAUGGAACCCUCAUCGACUGGGAAGGUGGCAUUCUCACAGCCUUCCAACCAACACUGGACAAGAACAAUGCUGAAUUCUCACGCAAGCACCUUCUCACCACCUACCAUGAGCUUGAGCGCGAGCAACAAAUCAAAACUCCAGACAUGCCAUACCACCAACUUCUCACCACCAUCCACCCGCAAUUCACCAACCGUCUAGGCCUCGCAGCUCCCACCCAGGAAGAAAGCACUGCCUUCGGAAACUCAGUCGGCAACUGGCCUGCAUUCCCAGACACCGUGGAAGCGCUCAACCGGCUCUCAAAACAGUACAAGCUAGUCGUACUGUCGAAUGUGGAUCGCGAAUCUUUCGCCAGAAGCAACGCGGGUAGUCUGGAGGGCUUCCCAUUCGAUCUCAUCAUCACUGCUCAAGAUGUUGGAUCUUAUAAGCCGGAUUUGAAGAACUUUGAAUAUAUGCUUUCGGCGGUGAAGAAGACUUUCGACGUUGAGCCCGCGCAGGUUCUUCAGACUGCGCAGAGUCAGUUCCAUGAUCAUCACCCUGCUAGUAAGGUUGGGAUUAAGUCUGUUUGGAUUGAGAGGCCUGGUGCUACUAUGGGUAAUUUGGAGGAGAAUAUUUAUGAUUGGCGGUUUGAUACUUUGGGUGAUAUGGCCGAUGCUUUGGAGGCAGGGCAGUGA